GAAACACUGGAAAUUCACCGUUGAAGAAAAGCUAUAAAAGCCUGGCCUGCACAGUUCCUCUCCUGACUUACCUUCCUUCACCCCUUCUCUCCCGCUCUUCCCCCUUCUCCCCUUCACCCCGACCGACGCUUUCUCAGAGAUGAGAUUCCUCCUUGGUCUUCUCCUGGCGGCAGGGACAGUCCUUGCUGCGCCUUUGGAAGCGAGAAAGGAAGGCGACGACGUUGGUGUCAAGCCGAGCUUCUCGACGAAAGACUGCCCGGGCUACAAGGUGGCGGGUCCCAAGUCAGAGCACAAGUCUGGCUUCACGGUGCCCCUCACGCUUGCUGGCCAGCCAUGCAAUGCCUAUGGUAAAGAUAUUGCCGAUCUCACACUGGCCGUCGUGUACGAAAAGACGCACCAGCUCCACGUCCACAUCUACGACACGGACCGGAAGCAGUACCAGCUGCCAGACAAUCUCAUCAUGCAGCGACCUUCGUCAGACCCGGCCAAUGUCACAGACGGCGCCACCGCACAGACCUCGGAUCUCGAAUUCCACCACGAGGAAAGCCCCUUCGCGUUCUGGAUUACGCGCAAGGGUUCGCAGGUCGCCCUCUUCGAUACGAGACCAGCCAACAUCCCGACGUACGACCAGCCCAUGAAUGCUAGCGCACACAGCGACACUAGGAGGAACACGACGGCGAUGCCGAACCAAAAAAUGAUUUUCGAAAAUCAGUACCUGCAGAUGUCGAGCGCGCUGCCCGUCGGCGCCAACCUUUACGGUCUCGGAGAGCGGUACUCCGAGGGUGGCAUCGGAGACGCUGCCUGGCGACUCAAUCCCGAUGACAUGCUGCAGCCCUUUAACACUCUCGAUGCAGGAGAUCCCCUGGGUAGCAACAUGUAUGGCUAUCAUCCCACAUACGCUCAAAUCAGCGAGACGGGAGCGCACGCGGUGGCGUACCAGAACACGGCGGGGCUCGAUGUGCUCCUCCGCAGAGGCGUCAUCCAGUAUCGGGCCAUCGGAGGCACUCUCGACUUCCGUUUCUUCUCGGGCAAUGCCCCUGCUUCCGCUUCGUCAACUUCUGAUGAUGGUGGAGACGCUGAGGAGAAGAGGAGCAUUGCGGGGCAAGAAGAAGACCUCGUCGCUCGCGUCGCAUCAGAGGGAACAAAUUCGACGGCUGCUGCAGGCACCAAUAGCAUGCAGACGGCCAUGGAGCAGUACGUCCAGUACGUUGGUCUGCCCGUCAUGACGCCCCUCUGGUCCUUUGGCUUCCACAUGCUCCGAUGGGGCUACAAAAACACGUCGGACAUGCGCUACGUGUACGAUGCCAUGAAGGACGCCGACAUUCCCCUCGAGACUCUCUGGAGCGACAUCGACUAUCUUCAAGACUUCCGCGACUUUACCAUUGACCCAGAACGCUACCAUGACCUUCCUCAAUUUGUCGACGAGAUCAACAAAGCCGACCAGCACUACAUUCCUAUCAUCGAUGGUGCCAUCCCAGCUGCGCCCCAGAAUGACACAGACGAUUACGAGCCAGGCAGCCGAGGUCUCGCCCAGGACGUCUUCCUUAAGAACAGCAAUGGAACGACGUACGUGGGCCAGGUCUGGCCAGGCUACACCUACUUUGUCGAUGAGCACCACCCCAAGGCCGACGAAUGGUGGUACAAGAGCUACGCCAACCUGUCUUCUCGGCUCGCCUUUUCGGGCAUUUGGCAGGACAUGAACGAGCCCAGCUCCUUCUGCAUUGGGUCUUGUGGUCGAGCCGACGAUCUCAGCGGAGGCAACACUGCGCAUGUCGCCGCUACUUCCGUCGAUGGCUGGCCCGAAGGCUAUGACAACAACACUUACGGCAAUUCGGGAAACAUCACCAUUAAUGGCACCUCCACCUACUCCCAGUCUAGUCAGCAGCAGAAUCAGAAGCGCACCGUCGUCGAUCUCGCCUUGAGCAAGCGAGCGGACGAGCCAGCGGCAUUCAAUGCUUCGGACUUCCACUACUCGACACCCGACUGGAACUACAAGAAUGCAACGCAGCGAUACCUCGUCGACCCGCCGUAUGCGAUCCACAAUGGCAUCAAGUCGAGCGAAGGUCCUCUGAUUGACAACCUCAACAAAAAGACAGUCUCCAUGGAGGCUCAGUCAGUCGCCGGCAGCUUCUAUGAUCUGCACAACAUUGACGGAACGAUGCUCAUGAUUCACACUUACAACGCGCUGCGAAAGAUCAAGCCAAAGGAGAGGCCAUUCAUCGUCGGCCGAAGCACGUAUCCUGGCGCUGGUCAAUAUGCGAGCCACUGGCUGGGUGACAACUACUCCAAGUGGCAGUACAUGGCCAAGCAGAUCCAGGGCCUGCUCCAAUUCCAGCUCUUUGGCAUCCCCACGAUCGGCGCCGACACGUGCGGCUUCAACGGCAACACCGACGAGGAGCUGUGCAACCGCUGGAUGAUGCUCUCGUCCUUUGCUCCCUUUUUCAGGAAUCACAACACCGAGGGCGCCAUCUCGCAAGAGCCGUUCCGUUGGGACAGCGUCGCAAACGCCUCGCGCAUCGCAAUCAACAAGCGUCUCGAGCUCCUCCCCGAAAUUUACACGGCACGCGCCCGGGCCAGCCAGCGCGGAUCGCCCAUGAUCAAGAGCGUUUGGUACGAGUUCCCGCGCCUGUUUGAGAAGCUCAAGGCGACGGAUACACAGUACCUGCUCGGUCCCCGGCUCCUCGUCUCGCCCGUCUUGGAACCCAACGUGACGACAGUCAAGGCACUCUUCCCAGAGGCAGGCGGAUCGUGGCGAAACAUCUUCACCUACGAGGCCCUGGAUGUGCAGCCGGAUCAAAACACGACAAUCGAUGCUCCUCUGUCGACGAUCAAUGUCCACCAGCGGCCGGGAAGCGCGAUGCUCUCUUACGCCAAGACUGCAUACACAGUCAAGGAGACGUCUCAGAGUCCGUACAGGCUCGUGGUCAACCUCAACAGGGACGGCGAGGCGAGCGGCGAUGCCUACGUCGAUGACGGUACUUCCAUGUGGCCCACAGACUCGAGGGAGCUGACCUUUACGGCGGCCAAGUCCACGCUCCAGGGCUCGGCCAAGGGAGACUACUCGAUUGCCAGCAAGCUUCAACAGGUCCUCGUUAUGGGUGUCAAAGAGAAGCCAAAGACUGUAAAGAUCGGCGAAAAGGACGUGGACAGCUUCGACUUUGAUCAGUCGAAGAACCUUCUCAACGUCACAGGUCUUGACACGGAUCUCAACAAAAAUUGGUCUCUAAUUUGGUCGUAG